UUUUUGAGAAAUUCCCAAACUUGAGAGAGAGAAAAGACGAUGAAGGCCCGGCAUCACAGUGUGGUUCUUGUGAUACUGCUGGGUGUUUUGGUGGCAAAUGCUCCGGGUCAAACCCUAGCUUCCAAUUCAGUUCCAGCCUUCGUGCAAAACACAAUCUACGCCAACAAGAUUGCCAUUUUCUCCAAAUCCUAUUGCCCGUAUUGCUUGCGGGCAAAGCGCAUCUUUAGCGAACUGCAUGAGGAACCUUUUGUUGUGGAGCUUGAUCUUAGAGAUGAUGGGACUCAAAUUCAGAAUGUCCUUCUAGAUUUGGUGGGUCGAAGCACUGUUCCACAAAUAUUUGUGAAUGGCAAGCAUAUUGGUGGCUCUGAUGACCUCAGAAAUGCAGUCCUGAGCGGUCAGCUGCAGAAACAACUCAGUACAAGUUGAUGAAAUAACAAGGGGAAGCACGAGAAUUUUAGAUGAAGCUUCCAUAUAGUGAUCGUGGAAGCUUUGUGGAGCUUGAAGGUAACUUCUGAGGAUUGUGAAAUUUGAACCAGAUUCUAUUGCAACAUUUUGUAUUUGGGGUUCUCAGAUAACAACUCAUGUUGAUGUAAUGUUGACUUUGCUCCAUCCAAUGGAAAAACUUGUUAUAUUUAUAGCUUUUGCUGCA